AAAAAAUCUUUUUCCAAUAAAGAAAAUUUCUUCCAAACGAUCUGAAGAACAAGAAGGAAGAAGCUUGAAGUAGCUGGUGGUAAAGUAAAAUGGAUCCUCAUCUCUGGCACAAAGUGGCUGCGAUUUCAGGAGUUGCAGCACUUGGAUUGGGCACCUAUGGCGCCCACGGCUUCAAGCCGCAAAACCCAUCUUACAAAGAGGUUUGGCAUACAGCAUCUCUUUAUCAUUUGGUUCACACAGCUGCCUUACUUGCUGCUCCAAUCACAAAACACCCCAAUGCUUUUGGAGGCCUUCUAACAGCUGGGAUCGUGGCUUUCUCUGGGACGUGUUAUACUGUGGCAUUUCUUGAGGACAGAAAAUAUUCAACCUUGGCUCCAUUUGGUGGCUUUGCAUUUAUAGCAGCUUGGGGUAGCUUGUUUUUCUGAUGACUUCAACACCGUCUUGGUUUGUGCUGCUACAAUAUCUAUCAUAUGUUUGUUAAUAAGCAAUUAGACUAUCAUGGGAUUUAGCAUUUGCCUAGCUCGGGUAUCUCAUUUGUAAAUCUUUUUCUGUUUCAAGCCAAUGAUUUAUGAUCUCGGAAUCCAUGUAUCUUUGGAAUUAGAGAUUUGGUAAUAGUACUUGUAGGUCAUCAUUAUAUACUUACAUCUUAUUAUUAUUAUUAUUAUAUAUA